AUGAAAUCUUUUGGGCAGCGCUCUUUCGACGCGGCUCACCCAUCUACGGUGCGAUCACCAGAGGUAGAUGGAAGUCCUAUACGACACAAGAAGCGUUCAAGGCGGCUUCUUCCAUACAGGACGGUGUGCACGCUUCCUCGACCUCGACCCCAGGAGAGGACAGCCGACAGUGGGACAAACGAACUGAUCAUCCACCCAGUGCAGGAAGAAUCGAGCUCAAAUACCCCAGCCAACCUUGAAGAUUAG